GAGAAUAUUUCUAGGCUAGGUAAGACGAGGCCAUGGCGCCAGGCAAGCUCUAGAGAUUCAUUUUCUAUGCGCUAUAGCAGCUAGAUCAAUCAAAGAAAUGGCCGCCACGGCUGUCAAUCGCUGCGUGUCGGCGCUAGAUCCAAGGAGAAAGACAAUUCUUCCUGUAGAUCAUUCGAAUAGUGUAAUUGGACGAGAUUUAGGGAGAGCUGUUAGAGAAUGUUCUUCCUCGGUAUUUGGAAGGAAGCUCCGAUCUUAUAGAAAUUAUAGUCGUUCGGUGGCAGCAAGAGCAACAGUGGACGAUAGCUCUUCCAUUGGGACUGAGGCGCCUGAAGAGGACUACUACUCGGUUCUAGGAUUGGAGCCCGAUGCUACGUCCGAGGACAUUAGAAAGGCUUACUACUCCUGUAUGAAAGAAUGCCAUCCCGAUUUGAUUGGAGAUGACUCUGGAGCUACAAAUUUUUGUAUGUUUGUGAAUGAAGUGUACGAGGUGCUGAGUGAUCCGGAGCAGAGGAUGGUGUAUGACGAGAUAAAUGGCUACGCCCUGACUUCAAAGAACCCUUUCUUGAGUGUUACGUGUACCAAGGAUCGAGUGUUUGUGGACGAGGUUUCAUGCAUCGGAUGUAAGAACUGUGUGAAUACAGCGCCUUGUACGUUCGCAAUUGAGGAAGAACACGGAAGAGCACGAGUUGUUUCGCAAUCUGGCGACGCAUCGCUUUCACAGAUUGCUAUAGAAUCAUGCCCCGUGGACUGUAUCCACUGGGUUUCUGCUCCUCAGCUCGCUCUUUUAGAGGAUGAAAUGCGAAGAGUGGAGCGCGUGAGUGUUGGCGUCAUGCUUUCAGGCAUGGGUUAUCAAUCCGCAGACGUUUUUGCAACGGCCAGUACGAGGUGGGAGAAGAAGCAAGCAAAAGCCCGGAUUCGUGCAAUGAAUAGAGCUGCGAACGCCCGGAAUAGCUCCAUGCAUCCUUGGUGGCAGGGUAUGUGGAACCAAACCAUGGGAACAAGACCAGAAGAAUGGGAAAAACAAGCUGGGGAGAAGCGCAACCGAGCGGCUGCAGCAGCACGAAGAUGGAGAGAGUACUCGAGGAGAGGAUUUUACGGACGGCCGACGCAGAUUCUUCCGGAUAACAAACAAGACAAUAAUUAGCAGCUCGAAUCACGGAAAAUUAUACUAAUAAAAACUGUAUAUAGUUUGAACAACGCCAUAGUUUACCGAUUUUUUAUUUU